UAUAGUUGAAUAUAAUUCUAUUUCUUACUUUCUGCCAAGAGAUAUCUGCACUAGGAGAGGGAUUAGACAGCUCCAUACAUGGCAUCCAGGAACUCGUAGUAGGAGACUACGCCAUCCUGGUCGUUAUCUAGGGACUGGAUAACUGCUCUGAUGAAGUUAGGCUCAUAAGUGGUUUGCAGCUGUUGGGAAAGGAAAUAUUCAAUAUCUUCUCCGGUGAACUUAUCACUCUUUUCAAUUCCACAUUCUUCAAACAUGUAGUCGAUACCAUCAGGGUGGGCCUCACACAUAUCAUUUUGGAUGAUCCUUCUUUGCUUGGUUGUGUUUAUAAGGGCUUUCCAGAGCUCUUUGUAAAGGUUUUGCCAUGAAGAAUCAUCUUCGUCUUGGUCCUUACUGAAGUUUCGUCUAUAGGUUGGAUAGCUGGGAUCUCCCCUUUCAGGCUCGAAGAAGGCCAUAUCUGAGAGGACAAGUUCACCCUGCUUGCUAUAAGCAAGUCUGGCGAUAAGAUCCUCUACUACUUGUUUCUCAACUAAAUAGAUUUUCAGAUUUGUGAGUAAUGCGUUAUGGAGUCUUCCUGCAUCAACAGAGCCUUUAUCAGGGUUCAGUAAGCUAAAACCAAACCCAGCAUUGUAGUUUGGCUGCAUUCAUAGUGUAUUUUUGAUGCUAUUUUCAAACUGCUGGAGCUCUCCAUACUUAACUAAUCUAAGUGCUAUUUGCUUCAUACUUCUAGUUCUAGCGUUGUCUCGUGAGCCUCUCUGAACGGUCUUCAAGCUGUCAUAACUCGGCGGCAUGUGAACUGUCAUUGACCCUUGGCGAGGAUGUUUUAUGGUCGAACUGAUUCUCUUCGGGUUCUUAAUCUCUGUCAUUCUAUAAUUAUGCUCAAGGUUGGCCAAACUCAGUCCAUUGUUCGGCGAAAAGAAAGAGUGUGUACCCCUGCUAGUUUUGUCCUUUGUUGCUGAAAACCCAGAGUUUCUGAGUAAACUCUUCUUUCCUUCUGUGGGGAUGCUAUCAACAAAUUCCAACUCCUCAAAGUCACAUGUGUCGUCUACUACUGAGUUAUUAGCACCAAAGGAGGGACUAUGCACAGAUGAUGACUUUCUUGAUGACUUCCUUGAUGACUUCGUUGAUCUUUUCAGUGGCUUUCUCUGAGUGGAGUAUAGUGAAUAAUUUGGUCUGAAAUCUUCAUCUACAAGCUCCUUGAAGGAUACAGAUUUUCGAUUUGCACUUGAUGCCCUUCCUGAUUUCUUGAGACUUGAUCUACUGUGAGACCCUCUUGACCGAUUUGAAGACCUUCUGGGAGGAGUAGCUUCCUCUCCAAAUGAAGUUUCGUUUAGGUUUGCAAAGCUUUGAGACCUUCUUUUCAGUGAUGCUCUUUUGUGUGACCUACCUAGGUUCCAGCUUUUCCUCGUAUGUUCCUUGCUUGCUGAUUUCUUAAGAGGUGAAGUUCUUGAUACAGAUUCUUCAUAGGCAGACUCUCUGCUGGUAUCUCGUCUGCUUCUUUUGAGUGAACUUCUCCUGUGAGAGAGGGGUCGGCUAGUUUCCCAGAAGACCUCCUCAUCUUGUUGGCAAAGGUCACAAUCGCAAUUCUCCACAUUGUGCUUGAACUUAUGCCUGUUGAAGGUCUUCCUCUCUACUGUUGGGUUGGGUUCAACAGAUUGGUCUUCAUCGAAAAUUUUUCGAGAGACUGUCAUUCUGGAACCAUCAAAACUAUCAUUCAUUUCGAAAGUUUCGUUUUUGAAUCUUUUAGAGGAACGGCUUAGAUUUCUACUGGCAGACCGAUGCUUCUCGAUGGUCUCUCUGUACUCCUUUCCGCAGUCCCAUUCUUUGUGAAUGACUUGGUCGCCGAUUUUGAAGACGUUGGAGAUGUUGAGUUCUCCUUCCUUCUCAUCGAAAUUUACGAUGGUGUCUAUAUAUCCUCCGGCCCCUUCGCAUCCAAGCUUGUUGGCAAUAUUUUGUUGGGUCUCAUCCUCGAGCGGAUCAUCUGAGCCUUCGUACAACUCUACGGUUUGGGGAGGGGUCACUGACUCUUGACCCAUAAUUCUAGACUCAUUGCUUAUAAUUCUUUGCUCAUUUUCACUAAUCAUUUCUUCGGUAGCCAUCAUUCUUGUCUGUUGGGCGAUCAUUUCUGCUUCUCUGGCUAUACGAGCGUCAAACUCUGCGUCAAUCUCUUGCUGAGUGGCAUAUCCGGCUUGGACGGCAUUUCAAGUACCAUAGAUCGAUUCAUAAGCAGCUCUGCCUUUUCUUUGGUCAUGAUGAUUCUCUUCUGAUUUAAUGAAGCUCUUGGAGCGCCUAGCAUUGGUGCAUCGGCAUCCUUCAUUGUCUCACUUGCCUUGUGUGAGGUACUUGGAGUACAAUCUCUCCACUAGCCUCGGUCUGGUGUUGUGAUAGCAGGAGUAGGAGUUUGAGUAUGCUGACUCAAACACAGGCGAUCUCCUGCGUAAUGGCCUCACUAUUUCUGAAGUUGGAAGUUGUGCUCUUGAGGUGUAAUCUGGAGAACCGGGUCUUCACCUAUUCAUUUUAUUUUGCUGUUU